CGGCCGCCAGCUGACCCAGGAGGUUCACGCACCACCUGCAGGAGACUCGCCCGCCCGCUUCGUGUCGCUUCGUGUUGGAGACCCUCGCCGACCUACCGGCGCCAGCCCGCGCGCCCCGAGGUGCGGGCGGAAGCGGUGGCUCAACCUAGGGCCGCCCCCAACACCUGCCCGGUUCACUGCCCCCUCCGGCCCCGCCCUCAUGGCCCGGCUCUUGACGGUCACCCUCGGUUGCAUCAGCUUCCUCUACCUGCAGCUCCCAGGCGCGCUGUCCCUCGGCCUGGCCCGGAGCCGGCCGCCCGCGCGAGCCAGGGAGCCCCCAGCCCGGACUCCUUCCAGUGGCUUGCAGUCCCGGCACCCUGCAGCCCGGCCUGUGUCCUGGAAGCUGCACCAGGCCCUCCAGCCCCAAAGGAGUGCCAGCAUGGCCCGUGCUAUGGGUCAGCCUCUCCGGAAUGGCCCCCGCCGACACUUGGGUCCCCGCAGGCCCCGAGCCCAGCUCCUGCGUGUGGGCUGUAUGCUGGGCACCUGCCAGGUGCAGAACCUCAGCCACCGCCUAUGGCAGCUUGUCGGCUCAGCCAGCCCACACGACUCAGCCCCUGUGGACCCCAGCAGCCCUCACAGCUACGGCUGAGGCGCGGCAGGCCAUACCCCUGCCUGUCCCAGCUGGGAUGCUGCGCCCUAAUCCCAGAGCUGAAGCUGAGCCCCCAGCCCAGAACCAGCCCCGAAGCUCCUGCAAAGAGCAGUCACUGGAACAGCGGAGCAGGCUCCUGAGGACACCCCCGCCCCACCCUACCCCCACCAGGUUCUGCAGCAGCCAACCUCGAAUGACCGUGGACACAGAAGCCAGUGCACGUGUGUGGACCCAGCAGAUCCUGAACACCAAGGGGCUCUGCCCCUGGGGAGUGUAACACUUGGAGGCGGUUGGCAGCAUUAGAGGACAGGGUCCGCCCAAGGACGUAGGGCAGAUGCCAGGGACCUGAACACCCUGGGCCACCUCUGGGCAAGCAGGAGAGAGGAGGGGCCCAGAGUUGGCCCAGCAUGGCCUCUUCCCUGCUGGUCCUGACAUGGUAGGAUUAAGGCUGGACUGCCCUGUUCCAGCUGGGCCCAAGGUCACAAUGGAGACUCCCUGCCUGGGUGCCCUGAGGGCAGCUGGGGAAAGGGUGUAGGGGUUCUGGGGCAGAGCAGGGCAGAACACCCUUCCCACUCUCUAGGGCAGGGUGGGAGUGGGGUGGGGCAAAUCUCCUAGCCCAAAUCUCUCAGUUAAGGCAGAAGCACCACCACCUCAAGGUGGGUAGGGAUGGCCGAACAAGGGUUGGGUUCCCGCGGGCCACAGGGGCUCCCUGAGCCCCAUCCUGCCCGGUGUGGGGACAACAGGAGGCUGGAGCAGGCUUGCCAGGAGCCUGGGGGAGGGGACUGGCCUCAAAUUGUCAGAAGAACAAGUCCACAGCCAGAGGGCGGAGUUCUUAGUGUGUGUCUGCCCCCGCUCCCCGCCCCGCCACGGGGUGGGGGGGAGGGAGGGGGCGGGGCUUUAAGUGCUGUGACACCAGAGCCUUUUGCUAGUCCUGUAGUACUGGCGCCUUAUGCCUCACGGGUUCAGAAAUGUGGUUUCCGUUAUUUAACAAAUGUUCAUACAGCACUUAAUUUGUCAACGUUUGCCAUGUCACCCUCUCAGCCACCCUGUGAAGAGAGCAUGCUUUUAUACCCAGCUUUUCAGCCAGAGAUCAGGGAGGUGCCUGCGGUCCCUGCAGUGCCCACCCACAGAGCCCAUACCCUGGGUCGCUGGCAGGCCUGCCCCUCAGACCCCCGGGGGCCCCCUAAGGGCGGGAGGCUCCUGGAAGCCAUCUGGCCUCCCACCCUUGCGCUUGCUCUUCCAGCUCAGGGCUCACCUUCCUUCCAGCAGGCCCCGUGGGAAUAGUUCAGGCUGGUCCCUGCCCUGCUGGGGAGAUGAACUGAGGACGGCAGGGGCCCCGGGGGAGGAGCCGAGAGCACCCAGGCCCUGAGCCCAGGGGAGGCGUAGAUGUUGGGGGGAGGCUGGAACAGGUGUGUGCGUGGGGGCUGGAUGGGCGGCAGGCUGGGCCUCAGAGCUGGGAGCCUGUGGCCACCGAGGGGUGUCGGUAGAGCAGGCAGGGAGGGUGGGCUAUGGCACAGGGCCAGGGCGACUGGGGGAUAAGGAAGAGGAGGGCUCCGGGAGGGCCGAGUCAGGGAGAGUCAGGAGCUCAGCUCGGCCAAGACCCUCCCUGGCUCUGGCCCUGGGGCAAAGUCCCUUGCGGUCCAGUUCUCCACGCCGGAUGCUCCCCCUGCCAGAACACCACCCCACACUGCACCCUCCUUGUGGCAACACAGACCGCCAGGAGGCCCCCAGGAUUGCACCACCUGGUGCCCUUGCCGAGGUGCUGCCUGAGCCUUGGGCUGUUUUUCCUUAGGGUCACCUGCCAUGGUCACAGCAUCGCACUGUGGUCCACAUGGCCCCUGAGCUCCAGACCGUGUCCUGGCUGCCUAUCUGGCGCCCCACUUGGAGGCCUGGUGGCAGCCCCCCAGCCCCCCCAGCUCCCCCACCCGCUGCCCUCCCACUGCUGCUGCUCCCCUCCCUCCUCAUCUGGAUCCCUUGGCCGGCCCUUUGUCCCUUCUCUUGGUCCAAGCCACCACCUGCUUUGGGGUGAUGGUUCCAGUCCCCAUCCUACCUCCCCAGGCCCCUCUCCAUCCUUGCAGCCAAUAUUUUCUGAGCACUUGUGGAAACAGCGAAUAAACCCUGCCCCCCACCCCCAGGGACUGAGAUUCCAGUGGGAGGAGGCAGAGGAAACCAACCUCAAAAGUACGGUGCGUGAGGGAUGCACAUGCACCUGGGAAGCUGGAGGCGCUAUGGGCUCACAGGGGCCGAGAGCACUUUGCUGUUUUAAGUGGGGCCUGGUUGAUUCUCAGCGUGGGCAGGAGGCACCUCACGGAGUGCCCAGCACCUCGCACCUCGCCCACUGCCCUCUCCCGUCCCACUCACCCUGACUGCACUCGGUGCCCGUCCUUCGCCAGAGCGCCGGCCUCUUUCCAGUGAUGGGACCGUCAGCUCCAGGCGGUGCGGUCCCUGCUGUGUCCUCACUGCCUAACUCAGCCCACACAUGACCAGUGCUGUGAAUUCAUCUCUGCCCUGACUCGAGAUGGAGCCCCUCGCUCCAAGAGCCUGACAAAGACCCCCUGGACCAAACGUGAGCCCAAGGCUCCAGCCUCGCCCAGUAUUAGCAAAAAUCAGGCCCUUGACAGAAUCCUGGGGUUUGGCAAGAGUGCCCCCACCCUUGAUGUCUCCUCUGGCUAUUUUCCCUCCUGACCCCUGCCCACCCAGCCCACCCCAGGCCCCCACCCUGCCUGGUGGCUGUAAAUCCCCAGCUGACUGUGCUGGGGAUUUACUCUGUGUUCAGAGUGGAGCCCGACCUCUCCCUUCUAGGAAAACGUGAAUAAAGUCUUC